ACACACACACACACACACACACACUGAUGACCCCUGACCUCUCCGAGGUCGCUUCGUGUGUGCGACAGAGUUUAAAAGCAGGACUCCUCAGCCUCCCUCCUCAUUCUCCUCCAUCACAGCCAUGUUCACUCGUCUCUUCUCCUCUCUUCCUCCCUUCAUCUCCCCUCUGUCCCUCCCUCCCUCCUUCCUCCUCGUCUUCUUCAUUGUUGCUGCGGUCGUCUUUUUCUUGAGCGUCUACCAAACCAAUCCUCCGUCCUCUCGUCCUCCAGCUCGGGGCUCCAUCCCCUGCCUGCCGACACUCCCCAUCCUGGGCAGCCUCCCCUGGCUGGGAGGAGGCCUCCCUCCACACCUCCUCUUCAGCCGACUGGCCCACAGGUACGGGUCUCUGUUCGCUCUCUACCUGGGUCCUCACUACACUGUGGUCGUCAACGACCAUCGACACGCCAAAGAGGUCCUGCUGCAGAGAGGACGAGACUUCGCUGGACGGCCGAGCAUGGUGACCACCGACCUGUUGACCCGCGGAGGCAAAGACAUCGCCUUCUCAGACUACACUCCUCUCUGGAAGUUCCACCGCCGCCUCGUCCACAACUCCUUCACUCUGUUCGGAGAAGGGACGAGUCGUCUGCAGGACAUCGUUCUGUCCUCUGUGGACAGUCUGUGUGCCGAGCUGUUGUCCGGUGGACAGCGAGGCUUCGACCCGUCUCCCGCGAUGACCAGGGCCGUCACCAACGUGGUGUGCACGCUGGUGUUCAGCGCCACCUAUCGCCAUGGCGACGCCGAGCUGCAGGAAGUGAUCCGAUGCAACGACGGCAUCGUGCAGACGAUCACCAGAGGAGGACUGGUGGACAUUUACCCCUGGAUGAAGGUCUUCCCUAACAAGUGUCUCAGUAAGCUGAAGGACUGCAUCAGCGUCAGAGACAGACUGCUGUCCCAGAAACUGGAGGAACACAAGGCGUCUCUGAGUGACGGUGACCCCCGCGACCUCCUGGACGCCUUGUUAAAGGGGAAGAUGGACAGCAGGCAGGGUCAAAGGUCAGCUGGGUCCGAGGAGGAGAGGAUAAGUGACGACCACGUCCUGAUGACAGCAGCCGAGGCGUUUGGAGCCGGAGUGGAGACGACGUCCACGAUGCUGCUGUGGAUCCUGGCGUACCUGCUGCACCACCCUGAGGUCCAGGAGCGCGUGCAGAAGGAGCUGGAUGAAAACGUGGGCAACGAGCGAGCGGUGUGCGUGUCGGACCGCGGCCGGCUGCCGUACCUGGACUGUGUCAUCAAUGAGGGCAUGAGGAUCCGACCGGUCAGCCCCGUGCUGAUCCCUCACACCGCCAUGACGGACAGCAGUAUCGGAGGUCACUCCGUCAGGCGUGGGACUCGAGUUUUGGUCAACAUGUGGUCGAUUCACCACGACCCCGAACACUGGGACAAACCCGACCUCUUCAACCCAGAUCGUUUCCUUGACGACCAGGGCCAGCGGGUCGCACCCUCCUGCUUCCUGCCAUUCGGGGCGGGGCCUCGAGUCUGCGUCGGCGAAUCGUUGGCCAGGCUGGAGCUCUUCCUCUUCUUGUCCUCUCUGCUGCAGCGAAUGAGCUUCAAGCUGCCGGACGGGGCUCCCCCGCCCAACCUGCAGGGGCGGCUGGGUGUGGUCCUGCAGCCGUUACCUUAUAUGGUCGUUGUCUCUCCAAGGGCGGGGUGGGAGGGCGGGGCAAAAUGAAGGGGAGGGGGUGAUUGUUGUAAAACUAAAAAUUGUGUUGUUUCACUAAAAAAAAAUUUAAAGUUCACAUUAAAUUAAUCGUCCUGUGCAAAUUAUGUGAAAGGAACAGACGAAACGACAAACUUCAUCUGUACAGCUGCAGGAGUGAGUCCUAAGACCCAGAAUGAGUUAGCAUGUUAGCAUGUUAGCACUUCCUGUUCCCUCGUCUCAAAGUCAGUGGGUUUUGGUUCGAUGUGUGAAAUAAGGUCUGUGGUUAAAACAAGCUGAAGAGACUUUCAGGUUUUGUUCUACGACAUAAAAUAAGUCAUUAAAUACCCCGCUGUGAAUUGAGAAGCUUUUAUGUGUCUUAAAAAAAGUGGUUUUUCUCCUAAUGGGUUUCUGACUUUCUAGAAAUGUACAUGAAAUAAAACGUGACUGUUUUGACAGAGAGCUCGAGUGUGACAGAGGUAAUCUGACAUCAUGAGCAUUCUUAAUCAAUAAAUGAUUCGUCUCCAGAACUC